UGCACCCCAUUUCUGAAGCGUCCCAUCCAAGAUGGCUGCCUACAUGUGAAGUUUCACGCCACCUUUUCAUUUUGUGGACGAAUGUACCGCUUUCUGGCUAAGAUCUUUCCAGAAAACGUAUUGAAACGGUUCAUCAGCUACUCUACUCUACUCUACUCUACUCUACUCUACUCUAUAGUAGAGAAACAUGCCAAAACACAAACCAGAGAGGAAGCCGAAACCUCAGGCUGAAGAGGAUUCCGGUGGUGCAGGUACCACCAAUGCAGCAUACAUCUCUGACAUAGCUGGGCAGGCCAGAUCUGAUCCAGGUGCAGAGGACAGUCUACUGGCAGCAAUGGGAUCCAAUAACUCAGUCCAGGUGUACCAGGCAACAACACUGGCACUGAGGCACAGACUGGAAGGUCACACUGAUAUAGUGUCAGGGGUCAAGUUUGCACACACCACUCCCAGCAUGCUCUACUCCUCAUCAUUAGAUGGUACCAUCAGGUGUUGUGACUUAAGAGUCAGCAAUAAAAAGCCAACCCUGAUACUAAAAGGGUAUGAAGGGGACCAAUUUACCAGUUUGGAUGUUAACUGUGAUGACACAGUGGUCUGUGGAGGCUGUCAGAAGAGGAUGCCUGACACAAAUGUGACUCUCUGGGACAGCAGGACAGGACAGAUUGUGCACACCUACCCAGACUCCCACAGUGAUGACAUCACACAGGUGAAGUUCCAUCCCAGCAUACCUCACAGGUUGGCCUCAGGGUCCACAGAUGGGCUGAUCAGCAUAUUUGAUGUCAGGCAGAGUGAUGAGGAUGAUGCAGUAGAGAAUGUGCUCAACACAGAGUCUUCUGUGAGCAGGAUAGGAUGGUACGGCCCUAACUCAGACAAGUUGUACUGUGUGACGCAUGUGGAGACUCUGCAGCUGUGGGACACAGAUGAGGCAGACCAGAUUGGCAAUUUUGAGGACAUCAAAGACUACUCUCCAAAAGAGUUGGACCAUCAUGCACCUGUGGCCACCGUCAAACACAUGAAGGACAAGGAGGUUUCCAUGGAGACGGAUGAUGUCACCAGGAAAAGUGGCACUUUGGGGGCAGUAGACUACCUGGUGGACUGUUUCUGGGAUGCCCAACAGAAGAAACUCUUAUUAGCAGGUGGCUUACACAGCGGUAGACUUAAUGUAUACAAAGUGAAGAGGAAAAAGAAGACUCUGAAGCCACUGUACAGCCUGGGAGAUGGGCACCUGUCAACUAUAAGGUGUCUUCACUGGCAAGACAAGACGGAGUCUCUAGUGACAGGAGCGGAGGAUGGUUUGCUGUGCCUGUGGAAACCUGGGGUUGACUUGGAGAAGGAAACAAAGGACCUGUCCCUAACAAGCCAGGCUGUAUCCAGAAAGGCUUCUUCAUCUGUGCGGACCAGACUCAGACUUCACACGAAGAAGCCCUACUAGUGAAGACAGAAGACAAGAUGCCUGCCUGUGCUGUCUGUACUGUAUACUGCACCCUCUGACAUCGCAAGGAAGGAAUUUCAUCAAAUAGCAAAGAAAAACCUUCUGGACUUACAGGAUUACUUAAUUCAGAAUCUCUAUGCAUCCAGGUGAUCAUGAAAGUAUGUUAAAUUUGUUUUAAAACAAUGUCCUUUGAGAGACAAAGCUGAUUGAAAUAUUCCUCCUAGAGAAUGAAAGUAGCCUAUACUGCCACAAUUGAAAUAAAUAGCAAUUGUAAACA